UCAGUGUGCAGUGAGGAUAUCUAGCACACCCACUGGAAAUCAGACAAGUCCUCAGAUGAGCGAUACAUUCUACGCAGGAGUAAAGGUCCUUAAUCCUCGGAUACAGUUAACAAGUGGCAGAUCCGCUUACAUAAACCUACAGCCAACGAUUCCUCUUGGAUGCCGUCGUCCUGACGCUUUACCAGCAUUCCGACAAGAAUCAUGCAGUGUUGACAUUGAAAUGUUUGAUCCUAAUUCCAAAUAUUCGUGCAAGGACACUUCUGUGACUUCAAUCAGUAAUCAGAAACUAUGUGGAAGCAGUCUGACUGGAUGGAGAAAUACCACUUCUCAAGUCUGUAUGCACAGACACAAUGUUAACCAGUGUACUUACACUAGAAUAAAAUCGCAUCUCCAUUCCCAGACGAUACGUAUUACUGUAACAAACGAUCGGCUUCAAUACCCAGAAGAUAAAACAUUUACAUUGCAACUUAGAACAGGAAACAUUGCUCCGCAUGCGUUCUGGCAGAAUGCACGUUUAGAUGAUGUGACGAUAAUAUAUUCUGGAGGAAGUCGAAAUCUUGAAUGGAGAGGAAAGACAUGUUAUACUAUAAAUGACCCUAAUUUGAAGACUUUCGACGAAGGAUAAACAUACAUGAAGGAAAUUGGUCAUUAUCUUCUGUAUAAUAAUACGAAGUAUUCAACAGAUGUUCAGAUAAAAACCCAGAACUGUUUUUAUAGCAAAGCUUCAUGUGUAUGUGCAGUUGCAAUCCAGGCUGGUGGGGAUGUAUUUCUGAUGGAUGUCUGUGAUACAGUUAAACGUGCAUCGUUCAUUCACUGCCGAUCAAACAAACUGAAUGUGAUCGAAA